CCGACCGGCUUCGGGAUGUGAAGCUGCCCCUCUCUGAGUCGCGACGCGACUCCCCCUCGGGCUGGGGCAAAUGGUGCGCUAUUUCUAGGCGCGCCUCAGUGUUCCUUCCCUCUCCCUGCGCCUCCUGGAGCCGCUGCGGUGCGCCGCAGCUCCCUGACGCCCUCGGGUGGGCCGGCAAGGCGCCGGGGGUGUUCACAGCUUGGCACCGGCGUUCCCGACCCCCGGGCACUGCCAAGCACAGCUUCCCCACUCUCUACGACUCGGAAGCUCCGUGCGUGUCCCGGGAGUUUGCUUCUGGCCUGGCCUUUUUCCCCCUGCCACCACCGGCCUCGGGCGCUGUAACAGGCGGCUCUAGGCUCCGUCAGGAGCCACCUCUUGGGUCCGGCGGGCGCCCUCGCCCUGGGCGGCUCGCCCACCCCGGGCUCGCUGCCCACGGUGCCAGCUCUGCCGUAGAUCUCCCCAGCCCGCCGCAGCGGCCUAUGCUCGACGUAGGUUUUUCUUUCCCCUUCGGAGCCGUGAGGGACUGGGUUUUCUUCCCUUCUGCCUCCCCCUCGAUGGUCAGAGCGGGGCUGGCCGGGACUGGGCAUUUCUGCUCUCUCUCUCUCUUUGGCGAGGCGGUUCCUUGCCGUCUGACCUUUGCUCUGCUGCCGCAUUUUAUGCUGUGCAGCUGCCUUGCAGUUGCCUUUUUCUUCCCCGGCCUCUGCAGGGCCCGAGACUCCUCGGCCUCCUCUUGCCUCCCUAUCUCCGGGCACCGAGCUGUGCCAGGUCCCGGGGCCCCCGGGCCGCGCUGGGGCUGUGGUAGGGGCUGAAGGUGCGUUUCCAUAACGCCGGGCGUGUGGGAGCUGGAGGAAGAGGCUGCGUGCGUAGGAGAGAUAAGGCUCCCGCUUUCUCUCCUUCCUUCUUGGUGGUACCAGGCUUGACAUCACCGAGAAGAGAGAAGGAUAGAGACGGUACGUUCUGAAAAUUCUGAAUCGCCAAGCCUAUGGGGGCAAUGAAGGGGGGUGAGGGCAGAUUUGGUCAGCCAGGACAGCUGGAGCUUGGCUCCAUCACUGGGACCAGGGCUUUGCCCAGUUUCCCCUCCAUACAGACGAUCAAAAAGCAUUUAGACAGUAGCUGCUCUUGUGCAAGAAGACGGUUUCUCAAUUUUCUUUGAUUGGGGUCUGGGGAUUGUGGGCAGAGGAGGCAGGAGAGGCGGAAAAUGGUUGCAUGUCUUGAUGGGCUGAGCGAUGGACGGGAGAAGCGAACUGGGCUGGAGGGGCUGGAUGGUGGGCAGAGGGAAGAGCUGCUGGCUGCCUCUUGUACCGGCUGCUGGAUGGGUAUCCAUAUUGCCAGGCCUGGAUGAGGGCAGAAGGCUGCCUUCUGGCUCAUCAAGGCUCAGAGACCACUUCCCCCACCCCAACCCCAGCAUGAUUCACGAUGAAAGGAAGGUUGUGGGUUCGGUGGGGCGCCCAGACCCAGUGUGAACCCCCUCUUUCCUGCUUCCAAACCAGUGGCAUGAUUCUCUCCAGUUUGGGGAGGGGUGAGAGCAAGUGCAUCUCUGUCUGGUUAGCUGACCAAGGCUCUCCAGUCUCUCUGAGCCUCUUGGGGGAUACAAAGCUGGCAGGUGAAGGCCCAGAGCGUUUAGGAAAUGUGGGUUUAUCAAUCUCUUAAUAAGCACUGUCUGGCCUGAGGCCCUACCCAAUAUUGCACUGGUGAUUUCACAAUGUUUAGCGUUCCCCCGGAUCUUCAUACAAAUGGAGCAUAAACAUCUGAAAGUUUCAGUUUUUCCCUUAGUGUGUGGGUGUGGGGAGGACUAGGAAAGGGAGGGCAGCCAUUGACAAUGCCCCCCACACCUACCUCUCUCUCUCUCCCCACCCCCCCACCCCCAGCCCUCUCUUUCUCCCUCUCUCUUUUCUCUGUCUCCUUCUCUCUCUUUCAGCAGAAGGGUGGGAAAGAAGUUGUAGAUGUGUCCAGUGUGAAAUCAAAUUUUCUGUCUUUCCUAGCCCUUGGGAGGGUCCUCACUUGCCAGAAGGCUCCAGACGAAUUCUAAUAUGAGCAGUGCACAUCCUGACCAACUGAGCUGCGUGGCCAGUACUGGGUAGGGGGCAUUUUGGUGGCAGAUUUCUAAAAUCUCCUUGAUGGACAAAUGUUGGUCAGCUUGAUGAGGAAGACUUUAAAGAUGUCUCUUGGUUAUCUUCCUUCGUAGAUUCUGAACUCUAGAGUAAGUGCUCUCCUGCUCAUUCUCAUGACCUUUACCAAAUUACUCUCUGAAAUGGCAACAUCUCCUUAAAGCUUUGGUAGGGUGAAGUGGGCAGAGACUGAUCACAUGGAAUAGUAUGAUUCCCGGUUAAAGCAGGGCAGAGGCUGGGGGCAUUUGGAGCUCACAGAUGUCGUUUUUGUUUUCAUCCUUCCAGAAUAGGUGGAGAGAUGGGCUCUUUGGAACUCCACCCCCCCACUCUGGUAAACCUGACAUUGCCUCUGCCCAGAGGUUUGGCUGACUUGAAAAACAAAUGAAGGCAGCCUUUCAGUGCAGAAUUUGAAAGUCAGUGAUUUUAAAACUAAGGGAGGAAAAAACACCCAUUAACACCUCCAGAAAUGUCCCUGAGGUGUGUUGCCCUGGGGUUUAAUACUUUGGUAUCACCAAAGUAUAAAUCCUUUGUGUGGGAUUCUGUUCCAAUGUCUAAUGCUAUUAGUCCCUUAAUGUGACAUCUUCCGGCCCCCACGAGUAUUUUUCUUUCCCCGGUCCAUCCUCUUGGGUAGGGCCCGGGUGAUGGUACCGGGAGGCUUAUUAGAGAGGAGCCCCUUCUCUUCAGAGAAGAAGGUCAGUGUUCUUAGAAAGUUACGGCUUUCAAUGUGGUUCUGCAUCCAGAGUUGUCUGUCAUCUGAGCCCUACUGAGGUGGAAGUUCCCUUGUGAGGAAAGCCUCCGGAUCUAGGGAUAGAAUAAAAAAUUUUGGAUUUAGGAUGUCGACAUGGCAAGAGUGGAGAAGGUUCCAUCUCAUGGUCAACUUGGAUCUACCUGACAGAGGGGAAAGCAGUGACUCAUUGGAAUAUAUUUUUACUCUCUCAAAAGAGCCAAAGGAAGAAGGUGAUGAAGGGCAACAUAACCGAAGACUGUAUUACCUCUUCCAGACCAAGGUAGGGGCUGGGUCAAAGCAGAUGAGGGGCUAGGAAAUGUGCUAAGCUUGGCCCUUAGUCUCCCCAUCUGCAGAGUGGGGAGAAGAAACUCCUCCCGAGGGGCCAGGGCCAGCUGAGCAGCUAGCAAGUGUGCAGGGCUGGGGCUGUGCCCCUUGUUACUACUGGGUGCCUAGUAAGGAGGGCUUGGUUGUAAGGGAGCCCCUUCCUCCACAGGAGAUGUGGGGUGCUGUGUGAUGUAAGAGGCAAAGGAUGCUUAGCUCUCGAGGGGGCCUGGGGCCACCCUGCAGAUCCGGACAGCUGACGAGGCUGGGGAUGUAUCCGGGACAUGUGGCUGGGUUUAAGAGGCUCCACCGUUCAGCUGUGAUCACGAUUGUUCUUUCCAAGGACAGUCGGUGGAGGAAGCAAGGGCACCGGGGAGGGAGCACAGAUGUGCUGGAUCUCACGGAGGAGGGAAGGGGCCCUUCUGGGGCAGGUGGCCAUUUGCAGAAAAGUGGUUUCCCUUGUCUCUUUCUGGUUGGGGGGAAGGAGGAGUCAUUUCCUGCCCCAUCCCAGGAGUAAGCUAACGUCUAUUAUUGUAAGUUCAAUUCUUAGUGGACAAAUAAAAUGAUCUUGGUGUCAGUGAGGGGGGGGGUCCUCCCCUGGGGUUUAGAUUUCUGGUGCCCCAUCCCAGACUUUGAUGUGGGCCAGUGGUUCCCCAACUGUACCAGUAGUUAACAGACUUCUAGCCCCAUUCUUUGCUCACUCUUGACUUCUAAUCCCUCUUUAAGGGGAUCUGAGCAGGCAACAAUUCAGAGGGGAAUACAUCGAAGCCAAAAUCUGUAGCCGGUUAGAAUAGCCCAGAGCCAAGUACAGCAAGACCUCUCCCACUCACCCUAGCACCGGGGCUUUGGAGCUCAGCUGGUUGUGGAAAAAGAAGAGAAAACAGUUGGGAACUGAUAACUGGGGAUGGGACAACGUGAGGAAAAGCAGCUGCUUUUGUGAUCUCUGACAGGUUAUGGCCAGAGGUCAGCUCCUUAGUGCUAGUGGUGGGUGGCAGGGAGGAGCAAGGUUUCUCAGGCAAAUCCAGCUGCCUAAAUGCUUUAUUUGCAGCAGAGAUUGUCUCCCUCAGUGGGGUGUAGGGAAGGCAAGUCCCUGGCUUCCCUCAUCCCCCUUCCCCCCCUUUAAAAAGUCUUUUUGGAGCAAUAAGUCAUUAUUUAGUUGGAGCUUAAUGAACUAAACUGGAGUGUUGUCCCAAAGAACCCAAGCGAGAGUGGUAGAUAGUGGUGGGCGGGCUCUCCUGAAGCCUAGAGACCUUUUUCUCUGAGCUGUUAAAGGCUUGAACAGCCUUCCCUGAAGGCACCUGCUGGGACUGAAUGGGGCAGUGCAGAAACUACCCUUUCAUUCAGAGCCCCUUGCCAUUUGGCAUUAGCUGACCUGUAGUUUUCAAAGUACAACUGUCAGGUUUUCCUAAUAUUUCCCAACUCCUCUCCCUGGGAUAAGUCCAGGGGAAGGGGUGGAUGGGUGGAACAGACAUUUAACAUGCCUCUUGAUUCUUUCCAGCCAGCCUGCAUUGAGCUGUCUGCCGCCUUGAUGCUCAGCCCCUCCCCACAGGUACACAUGCAAUGUCAGGCUCACAGACGAAGCCGCAAAUACAGGACAGUGUGCUCUGGGCUUUUCGAUAUCCUGCUGAUUCAGUAUCCUAGGACUCUCUUCUUCUGCCUUCCUUUUACCCUAGCUCCUCCUUCCCUUCCCCACAGACCUGGACCAGGAAGCCGCAUCCAAGAACGUGCCCUAGGGACCCUUAAGUUCAACUUUAUAGGUGGGAGGAGACGGGAUUCCCGCCCACUCUAGGCUUUCCUUUUAGGGACUGCUUUGUGGUGAGAUCCUACAAAUGAGACCCAUUCAACCUUAAGAAAACUAAAAAUGAAAACUCUUAGAAAAAUGGGGGUGUGUGAGGUGACACAAGGGAUGCCAAAGAAAAUGGAAGUGAAGAUGUCUUGAGCUCUGACCCUUCCUUUAAUGACAGAUUUCAACCCCCCAGCCUCUGCUUUCCACACUGAAAAUUCCCCUAACUGGGGGCCAGUCUGAUGUCAGCCCUGUCUGGCUUCAUUUCCAGACUGGUUGGGUAAGAACCCGAAGAUGGCCCAAUGAGGUUCCCUGAGGGCUGGUGGCAGACCUGGGAGACUGGCGGAGUUCAUGGCUAUAAGAGAGAAGGGUGCUUCCGUGCCCUUCCAUGAAUACCCAGGAGUUAUUGCAAGUCAGGGUCGCAGGGCUGAAGUUGCAGCUUCUGGAGCCUCUGCUGCCUGGAUUCGAAUCCUGCCCCGACCACUUGCCUGCUCUAUGACCCUUUGUUCUUCCUCUGCAAAAUGGGUGUUAUCCUCCAAGGGGAUGGUGAGGAUUGAAGGAGAAAAUCAUUGAGGAUUUAGCACAGAGCUUGACACCAAGAAAUGUUUCAUAAAUGCUUGCUGCUCCCCUAAUUUUUUUUUUUUUUUUUUUGCGGUACGCGGGCUUCUCACUGUUGCUGUCUCUCCCGUUGCGGAGCACAGGCUCCGGACCGCAGGCUCAGCGGCCAUGGCUCACGGGCCCAGCCGCUCCGUGGCACGUGGGAUCUUCCCGGACUGGGGCACGAACCCAUGUCCCCUGCAUCGGCAGGCGGACUCUCAACCACUGCGCCACCAGGGAAGCCCUCCCCUAAUUAUUAAUUAUUAUUAUUAGAAGGUUGGAACGGAGGUAAAAGUUUCCCUUCCUCGUGCUAAUCCAUAAGGCUGCCACCGAAAAUUCGAUAGAGGUGCGUCUCUGGCUAAGUGGACUGCUGGCUUUGUUUCUCUGUCCACAGUCUUCCAAAUUGGCCAUCAGUCUCCCAGCCUAAAUGAGGCAAAGCCUCCUCUCUCCUAUUUGUAUUAUAAAUCUCUUCCUUCCUUGCCGGGGAAGCAGAGGACAUAUUAAACUGCACUUAAGUUCGGCAGCGUUGCUCAGACUGGAGGGUGGGUGUGUCCCAGUGAGCAGGGAUCAAUCUUCUAAGCGGACUUGGGGGGGCGGGGUUUGAGACACCGUCUAGCUGUGUUGAGGGGUUAUCAAACAGGCUAUCGGGAGGUUGUUUUUCUUGUCAGCCAAAUGAAUUCCACCCUCCUGCGGAGGGUCCCGGCUAAUUGGGAGGUGAGGCCGUGAAGCCUGAGAAGGUUGGAGUGGUACAGCUCUGAGCCCCUGGUGGCCGGAAGGCAUCUUCCGUCAGGGUCGUGAUAGGGAAGAUGCAUUUUAGAAUAUGCCUGCUGGAGCCAUCUUGGAUGCAGCGUGUCCCAAGAGAGCUGAGUCAUCGUGGACUGAGCUCCCACCCCCAUGUCUGGCCCUGAGUGCAGGCCCAGAUGUUGACAGCUGCCUCUGGAGAGUGAUGGGAGCCUGCUAAUGCCAAUAUCCCCAUCGCCUGCAGGCGCUGCGCCCACCCUGGCUUCCUGGUGGGACUUUUCCAUGGGACUUUUUCCAUGAAUCUGCCUUGUGAUUCCAGGGCCUAUUAAAAUCGCCAAGCACUGCCCAUGCCUUUUGCUUCCUCCAUAGAAAGUGUGCCCGUUCUUAUAGAACCCCAGGAAUAGAACCAGGGGAAGGAGAGUGGAUAGACUGUAUAGGGGAGGGGGAGUACCCACAGCAUGGCCAGUCCCAAUCCUAGUCCUAAGAGGCAAAAAGCCCAACUACAUGGGGCAAUACAACCUUCACACCACCACCGACAUUCUGUUGGCAGGACCCUGAGCUUCUGGAAUAAGGGAAUCGCGUUGUCUUUGUCCUGGUUGGGGGGUUCUGGCUGAGGCACCUCUUGGCUGGCGCCAGAGUCGUCUCCUGUGCCUCUGUCAGCAUUUUCCAUUCUUCUGCCUAGUCACACCUUUUCCUCCAGGCAAAGGUCUGGGACCCGUGGCUCCUAACCUUCUCUUGACCCCAAACCCACUUAUUCUAGAAGCAAGGCUUUGGAUUGCCUGCAAAGAAUAAAGUGGGCUGAGGUAGCAUCCCCUGAAGUUCUGCCCCGUGGCCAACUUGAUCCUUGGAAAAACUCCUCUCUCUGAAUGCUUGACUAACAUCCCCCCCCAUCCAGCCCUGACCCCAGGACCCCCAAAGGAGGCUGCCUUGGCAGAUGACUUUUCUUGGUGGCAGACCUGCCAGACACUUCAUUCUAACUCUGCCACGGGGAAGUCUCUUCUUUGAAGACGAUGCUCUCCUGACAUGUGGAGGGAGCACAGAGGCAGGAGGCAGGAGGCAGGCUACCUCUAGGCAGACAUCCUCUGAGUUGGGAGAAACUAUGCACAGAAAUCUCUCUUAAGUAGAUAGGACUGUGGGAGCAAAGCCCUUGUUCAUGAGCCCAUAGUUCAUGGCUUUGCGAAGGGGAAGUAUCAGUUGACUGAGCAAUGAACCUUGCAGAAAAGACUUAAUGCUUUUUUCCUUGCAGUAUACAGGUGAGAACCUUGUGGGUAAGCUCCCUUUCAUCCACUUCAUGAACUUCGCAUCUAGACCUAGCUCUUUAUUUCAGACAGGCUGGAAAGCAUCUAAAGAGGCCCUUCCCCAAUUUAACCAUUUCUGAUCAAACUGUUGUUUCCAAGCAGGGGAAGUAUAAUACAGAGUUGCCCUGAAUGCCUUUUUUUUCUCUCUUCAUUCUUUACUAUAGAGACAUUGAUAAGUAUGGAUGUGUCACUCGGGGCAGGUGUCAUUCUCCUGUGAUUGGAAUACUGGGAUGACCAGCUGUGUGUCCCAAGUCUGGAGGGAUACAGGGUUAGAACUGGAAGUGGAAACCUAUCCACAUCCCCUUCUUAAGCAUCACCUUUGAGGCAAGGUGAACCUAAUAACGGAGGUACAGGGUCAGCUCUCCAAAUCAGAACAUCAUUAGCGUCUUGAAAAAGCAUUUACCGAAACCCCAUCCCGUAGCACGUUAAUCCAAUGGUCUUCCCCCCCCCCCAAAGGUGGUUAUCUUUCCCUUUUAUCCGAACCCUGGCUAUCUGUUGUGUCCCCCACUCCCAAGCCCGGUGGAAUCUUCCCAGAGUCUAAUCUUUCUCUGGGAUUCCAAAUCGUGCCCCCUUGGGCAGGGGUCUUGGCCUCUGUUGCUAUUUCUUUAAAUUGAUCUCCAGCCGAAUUCUGAAUGUAAAGGUCAGCAGGCGAGGAAAUGGCACUUUAAUAGAAAACAAUGUGCACUUUCUAAAUUUGAACCAAGCCGUUUCCGCUCUUUGAUUUAAGUGACUUCCUGGGGUUCCGUGUCAGGCACUGCAGUUGAAUCUCUGGCCGGAUUCCAACUUAAAAUUGCACUCUCUCGGUGAAAUUAGAAACUGAUCCAGGGUUGGCUUAGCUAUUCUAGUAAAUAGCAUUUAGGCUGAAUGUUCAGCUCAGCACUUGGCAAUGGGUGAUGUGAGUGCCCCUCGGGAGGAUUUCCCAUCCAAGUUGUCAGAGGUGCACCUACCCAGGCGUUAUUAGCCACUAGAUGUUGCUGCUCUCAGAAGUAGUGGUAAUAAGUUAAUAUCCUGGAUGUGCAGGCAUCAGAUACAGCUCUUCCUUCUCUUGUGAUUAUCUGAAAUAAAGGCUUUUGUUUAUCCAGCUGAUAAACGACAUGGGAGCAUACAGGGACUGUCUGUCAUGGUCCCCACAUCCUCAGCACGCAGCACAUCGCUUGGUACUUAAUACUCGUGCUUAUUAGUGCUCAGGAAAUCUAAACUGUUGCUCUCUGGGAUGGUGAUAAGUUAGAGUAUGUGCUGUGUGUCAGGCAAAAUGCUAGGUCCUAGAUAUGCAUUUUCUCAUUUAGUCCUCACAAGAACCCAUUUUACAGAUGAAAAUACUAAGGCAUAGAGGUUCAAGAACCUCAUUCACAGUAACGCUGCUGGGCAGAGGUGAGAAUUUGAACUUGGACCUGAUUCCAGAGCCUGUGUUUAUAACUGCUAAGCUGUAUCUGUCUUAAAUCAGGAGCAUGUUUCAUGGGGGUUAUAAGAAUGAACUCGGACGGCACAGCUUUGAGCCCUAGUUCUGCUACUGAUGGUUUUGUGUGACUGUGGACAAGUUACUUUGAACAUUAGUUUCCUGUAACUAGAAAAGGGAUAAUAAUAGUAGUUACAUUUUAGGUUUAUUGUGAAGAGUCAAUGACGUAAUAAAUAUGGUGCUUAGAAGAGUCCCUGGCACAUAGGCCCCUAGAAGCCUGCUUCUCUACACAGCCCAGGACCUCUGGCCCCAUGGAGCCCCCGAUCCCACAGAGCGUCCCCUUGACUCCCAGCUCAGUCAUGGUCCAGCCCCUUCUGGACAGCCGUAUGGCCCACGGCCGGCUCCAGCACCCCCUCACCAUUCUCCCCAUCGACCAGAUGAAGACCAGCCACGUGGAGAACGACUACAUCGACAAUCCUGGCCUGGCACCUCCCACCGGCCCCAAGCGGACCCGGGGUGCAGCCCCAGAGCUGGCCCUGACACCCGCCCGCUGUGACCAGGACAUCACCCACCACUGGAUCUCCUUCAGCGGGCGCCCCAGCUCUGUGAGCAGCAGCAGCAGUACGUCCUCUGACCAGCGCCUCUUAGACCACAUGGCCCCCCCGCCCGUGGCUGACCAGGCCUCCCCGAGGGCCGUGCGCAUCCAGCCCAAGGCCAUCCACUGCAAGCCACUGGACCUCAAGGGUCCGGCCGUCCCCCCAGAGCUGGACAAGCACUUCUUGCUGUGCGAGGCCUGCGGGAAGUGUAAGUGCAAGGAGUGCGCGUCCCCCCGGACGUUGCCCUCCUGCUGGGUCUGCAACCAGGAGUGCCUGUGCUCCGCCCAGACGCUGGUCAACUAUAGCACCUGCAUGUGCCUGGUGCAGGGCGUCUUCUACCACUGCACCAACGAGGACGAUGAGGGCUCCUGCGCCGACCACCCCUGCUCCUGCUCGCGCUCAAACUGCUGCGCCCGCUGGUCCUUCAUGGGCGCCCUCUCCCUGGUGCUGCCCUGCCUGCUCUGCUACCUGCCCGCCACUGGCUGCGUGAAGCUGGCCCAGCGCGGCUAUGACCGCCUGCGCCGCCCCGGAUGCCGCUGCAAGCACACGAACAGCGUCAUCUGCAAGGCAGCCGCCGGGGACGCCAAGGCCAGCAGACCCGACAAGCCUUUCUGACACCUGGGGUCAAGUCCCGGCGCUUCCCCCUGGAAACUUGGUUCCCUUCUCACACCUGAGAGGGGGCCACCACAGCGAGGCCAGAGGUUUUAGCAUCCUCAGGCUGACCCUGCCAGUCUGCCCACUCCCUACCCCCAGCUUCUGAAGAAACAGAGACCACAAUCGCCCAUCCUUCUCUUCCCCAAAAGGAUGAAGAAGCACUUUGGGUUUUUUUUUUGUUUGUUUUUUUUUUCAGGGUCCUGGAACUUGUGUGAAACAGAUAGUGGCAGGGGCGUGGUGUGGUUUGGGGGCGAUUUUUCUUUUUCAGAAGAUGGAACACAGAUGUGGACACAUAUCCGGAAGUUGCAGCUGCUUGAAUGCCUUCCCAGCCCUCCUCCUCCCUCCCUCUCUCCCCGCUCUUUUGCAUUCUCUCUGGCUGCCUGGGAGGAAUCGGUAACUGAGCGGCCAGGGGACCUUGGAAGAAGACCCUUGGAGUUUUGCCGUCUAUACCUUCUUCUCCCAGCCUCUACCCCGGUUUGCCCCGACAUCUUGGGGAAGGUGUAGACCCUGGCGAUCCCUGUUGUAUAUACUUGGGAGCCCCCUCGUUCCUCGCUCUGCCCGGAGCCACGGAUGGAUCUAGGAACCACUGCACAGUACCUUUUCUCCCUUCCAGCUUCCUCACUAACUCUUGGGGGUGUUCCACUCAUAACACCGUCCUUCGGCUCUUACUGGGUCACAGACUCACCCGCCCGCUACGUGUCCCAAGUUCUCUCUACCCAGAUCUUUUCCAGAAACUUUAUGGGUAGAGAAGGCCAGGGCGGCAAAUUCGAGACCAAAUAGCAUUUUGCCAAUGAGUCUGAGGCUGUGGUCUCUGGAUCCAGUCAUUAUGUUUUUAUAGAAGCAUUAAACCAGAUGCUAAUGGUGUUUUAAGAAAUAACAGUAAAACACUUGCUUCCUUUUGGGCCACCCCCAGGAAGGGCUGAUUUCAAAAUCUGGGGGGCGAGCAACCUCAAGGAACACCAUCCCCCUCCCCACCAAGAAGAGGAUUUUAACAGCAAAGAAGAGAGGCAGCACCUCCCAUUGGCAGAGUGAGAGUUGAGGCGAGCUGGGUGUAGGUUUCUUCUCUCUUGAUUCUGCUGCUUGCUGUCAUAGCCUUUUGUGUACAGUGUCUGUAUCUUUAAUGUAAAUAGACAGAUGAUGAAAAAAGAGUCUAUUUUAGUGUUAGGAAGCCCUGGCGGGGGAGUCAGAAGAAUGCGGGUGGGGGAAAGAUUCUCCGGGGGCUUCUUGGGAUUGAGCCCUGCUUCUGUGCGUGGCUACAAUGAGCCCCUCCCAACAGCCCCCAAAGACGUAGCAACUCUUUCUCUCAAGGUGCUAAAGGACUCAGAAAGUGCAGCUCGUCCGGUGGGUAGGUACUUGUUGCAUGCAAAAGCUGUAGUGUGUCCGGUCCUUCCUCCCUAGCUAUCGUGCGGGGUUUUUGCUUAGUGUGGUAUUUUGUGCCUCCCUCUCUUUCCCCCCAUGAGAGAAAGUAGUCUGAGUCAGAAAAGCUACCCCAAGUGAUAUCGGAAGUGCACUAGGCACAGCGUUUGUGGCAUUUCCAGUUUGUUCUGUAGGAACAGAACAGCCUCCAGGAAGGAGGCAAGGAGGCAGGUAGCUGCGAUGGUCAUGCACCCAGUGCUUCUCAAGGACUUUUUUUUUUUUUUUUUCCUUCUUGAAGACUAGUAGUAACAUCUUAUGAUUUAGAAUAAGUUAAUUGUAACCGUAGGUAUUUAUUGACUGGUGGAAAGGAGGGGAGGGUCUUAUUAUUUUAGGCUUUAUUUAUAUAACAUAUGCUGGCUUGUAAAAGGCAAAUAUGAAAUACUGCAUCUGCGUUUCCUAAGGCUGAUUCCUGUAGCUCCCUUUGCCACAGUCGUGAUGGAUGUGUGGAUGUUCUCGCACAAAUCAGAGGGAAUGGUAGAAGAAAUACAUUCAGCCAACCACGUAUCCUAAUUGAAUGUAUCAGAUGUGUACUGAAGGGACUGGAGAUGUUUUCUCAGAACAGGUGUGCAGAGGUUACCCCAAAAAAGAGGGCACACGUCCUCGCUUGGUGAGACCUCAGAACUUUUCCCAAAGCCCCUCCCUCAAAUGUCUCCAUGGGAAACUUGACCCAGUGGCAAGUUGCACUUUGGUGAUCUUUGGAGUUCUACACGCACAUUCUGUGGAGAAUUGACUUACAUAAGCUGUGCGCGCGCGCGUGCGCGCACACACACACACACACACACACAUACACACAUACACACAUACACACAUAUACCCCUACCCCACCGUCUCUAUCUACAUAGACCCUGUUACCUGGCAAACAGCCUCCUGAACCCUGACUUUUUGUGUAUAUAGUUAUAAACAUGGAUUUUUCUGGGUUUUGGCUUUCUCUUUUCCCUUCCCCCUGUUUUGGCUUGUUCUUUUUGGUUUGCAUCUAGCCUGCUAGAUGGACGUCUGCAGAACUCUGUCCUGUGUGCUCAGCUUCGGUUCACCCAGCUUUGUUGCAUAGCUAUCGCUCAGCAUGUUUUCCUUGGCAAAAAGAAAAAAUAAAACCGGCUUGCCCGUGGCCCCCGGGGGCCAGUCAAGGGCCACUGAGGGACCAAGCUCUCAGAAACACGACCCAUUUCUGUGGCUGCUUCUGGCUGGUUGCGUGUCCUGUCACCAGUGGCCUGCUUGGCUGGAUUAUGCCUUGUGUUGACCUUUUUUUGAAGAGUGCCAGCUGCUUCCCACUUCUGUUCAACCGGGGUGGCUGGUGGUUCUGCCUGGAACCGGGGGUGGGAUCCACAAACCUGGGUCCAGGAUGCUUGUCCUAAGGGGCCGAGGCUGCUUCCCCUCAAGGGUGGGUUUGUGAAGGCCCAACACCCCAGCCGGCACCCUGGGAACUGGGUCUAGGAGAGCCCAGCCCUCGCAGGUAGACGGGGUACAACCAAGGCUUCUGAAGGUCCCUGGCUGGGAGGAGUCAAGACCAGUCCCUGCUAUUGAUACGGGCCCUUCACAGCUGACCGAGAUGGAAGACCAUCACGUGAUGCGCCCGGUUCUUUAUGUGUUCUGGAGUCUGCGUGCGUCCCUGUUGGGCAUCGAGCGAGGCCCAGCUAGAUUAUGAUGAGUCCAAAUGUGGAAAGUGUGGGCUGGGACCAGCAUCCACAUCCCGUCACCUUCACGGUCUCUGUGCUGCCCCAGGGGAUGUCCGGUGGGGUGUAGGCAGCACAACUUGACACCGCGCAAGUCACCAGGGCAUCCCGCAAGCUUCACUGACCUUCUGGUUCAUGCCUUCGGUAAGCAUUUUCAUGCCCUCUGCUUACUGUGACAGGUGACGACAAAUCUUGCGCUGCCAUGUUUUGCUGUGGGUAACUGUGUGGUGUCUUAUCCUGCUUUCUCUUCUCACUGCCCCACGGUUUGGUUUCAUGUUACAAACAGAAAAGCUGUUCAAGGGUCCCACCCUGGCACAUUUUCCCUCUUCACUGUAACCCCUUCUCACCCCACAUCAAAAGUUACCACAGAAGGUUUCCUUUGUAUAGAAUAUUUAUUUUGAAGCUCUAUUUUAAUAGUAUUUAUUUUAGAAAGUCUACUAUUGUAAGAGUUCUUCUGUUUGUGAAGAAAAAGCAAGUUAAAAACUGAAUGUACUGAUCUAGAAAAUAUAUAUAAAUAUAUAUUGUUAAAUAUA